AUGGAAGAUGAACGAAAACUGGAGAUGUUAUACCCCUGUUGCCGGGGAACCAUCCAUCGACUCAAGCACAUCGGCGUCUUCGUGAACGGAACAGCCCGAAAUCGCAGCAGCAACACCCCGAAGGUAUCUCAAACGAUCUAAGAGAGACGACUGAAAUUGUUUGGGUACGUUACGCGCCGUUCACCCCAUGAGUUGCGUGUUGUUGUUUCUGAUCCGGGACCGCUGCCUACUCGGGGGUAUCAAAGACAAGACCAGCUCAGAACCUUGCUCAAAGCAGUUCGAUAACGUAUUGACGUAUUUCCUGAACCCUCGGUAUUCAGUCUCCAACAUCGAAGAAGGCAGUGGAUUGAGCCUUCCGGAGUCGCUGCCGCAGACGAUCAAGCAUGGAGGAGUAGAAUUCGCAACCUCACCGAUGCUGGCUGGAUCACGCUUCGUCACAGCUGUACCAAGUACAAGCAGCUACCUUUGUGGUUUGCCCGUCCUCACUAUUUUUGGAGGGCAGUUCGGCUAACAUUUAGGCGGUUACUUGUUGAUCGAUUUUUUCCUGUGAUAUGGAAGACUGUGUUCAGAACAAAAUUUUGCGUCUUGACUCAGACGCCAGUAAUCGGGGGGAGAAUUUCUUAUCCGCAAAACUCUUACGAAUUGGUGCUGUAGCCGAACCCUCAGAAAUCAGUAGUUUCCCGGUCAAAUGCGAGGGUAACAAUCACAAAUCCAGGGAUUUGAGUGGGGAAAAAACUAUUCUCCUGUGGCUGCUACCCGCGGUUCGAUGCGAAACGUGGUUUAGCUCAAUUUUUGUGGCAAAAAUCGUACUUACUGCAGAUAUUCCUUGGUUACAAUGACGACUAAGUAUUCGUAAUCGGUGCCUAAGUUUGUUGCCCUUCGAUUUUCAUGUUACCUAGAAAAGUCGAGCUAAUUGAUUUUUGUCGCAUGCGUUUGUUUAACAUAGCUGUGAUCGCGUUUUUUGGUGGAUUUUGCCGAAUAAUGACGUAACCCCUAAACAUUUUAUAUUUUUUUUACCCGAAUUCAGGAUACGGCUGGUCAGGAACGCUUUCGGACACUUACGCCGAGUUUCUACCGAGGAGCGCACGCAGCUGUUAUAAGUAAGCAACUGUUUUCUACAAGCUUGGUUCUCCUAACGGCGGUCUAAGUGGAAUUGUUGGGGCUGGUCUUAUAUACGCAAUUUCCGGAAGGUCACUGCAAUAAGGCAUUCAGUUUCGGAAGUUGGAGAAUAGCGCCCACUAGGACUUUUCACAGCAUAACCGCAUGCCGAUGCCGUAUAGCACAUAUAUUCCACUGUGUUGUUUUUCAUAUAUAUUGCCGGAUUAUGUGUUUGAAAAAUCUUUUUGAACGAAAUUACGGUUCUUCGGCGGUUUACAGGAUACUAAAUUCACAAAAUUGUGAAUUUCGGAAUGGUCGGAGUAAUUGUUGCCUAUACUGAAGAUGGAAACGAAAAUACUGCUUGUCAGCCAAGAGUAAAAUCAACACAUAUAAGUUGCUGGAAUCACCACUUCACUGUGAAUUAAUCUAGGCGAAGAAAAAUUGAAUCUCACAUCAGUCGUUCAAUCAGCUGUCGUCUACUACAUCAAGCAUAGGAAUUGCUCCUAAAACUACACGGUCUAGGCACGAUGUGAGCUGUCAGCACGUAUAUGAAAGCAGAGGACGUCAGUGGGACACAAUGAUUGUCAUCUACAAGUCGCGCGUCAUGUGAUGGACAUCGCCCACACCGAAUUUGCCGGAGCACGAAUAGUUACGUCAGUUCGCGGCAAAACGGUUGGGGAAUUGUUAGAGCCGUGGCGUUCAGUAAACACCAUAUGAACUCCAGUUGGCUUACCACUUUUAGGCAACCGAUUCCCAAGGUUGGACUAGAGUAUACUAGAGGUCGCUGCAGUUGUUGCGUUCUAGUAAACAUUAUAUGAACUCUCGUCCACGUACCACUUUUAAGCAACCGAUUCCCAAGGUUGAACUGGAGUGUAGUGGAGGUCGCUGCAAUGUCCAACGCUAGCCUCCGGCGAACCUGCGACGCAAGCGUAAAAUUUUACGUUCACGUCUGAAGAAAGUUUAGUUUGCCGGAGGUUGCCACAAAAUAGCUCGUCAGUAAUGAGGCACUAACUCACAGACCCAAACUCACGCAUCCACUUUUAACGAAAAUAUGGCAAGCAUGUGGCUAUAACCAAAGACGUGGCACUUAGACAUCAACUCACUAGGUGAACCGCUCCUGUCUCCCCCCCCCCCUCCCCCGGCGCACCAGGUUACUAUCAGCUAGUUCCAACGCGAACUGGCUAGUGAUUCGGCUGGAACAACGACAUAAAACUUGGCAGGACUGCAUUUCUGAUGAAGACCUCUGUCAUAAGUCCGAAGUAUUAGCUGGGAAUGAUUAUUUCGCAGGAGAUGUGAUCUUGCUAUUCUUAUGAGUAACUAACUUAUAACCAGACUGUAUUCCCUGAAGUUUGAUGAGUUUUCUUGACUAUAUCCUCAGUCCACGACCUUUUUCCAGUUUGUCUACAAUAGAUCGGGGUCUCCAAAUGAUAAUAUGGGGCAUGUGCGCUCUAACUGACCUGGCAUGGCUCACGAUAGUAGCUAGCCCUUUGGUAGUUGUGCGCAUACUGCUCAAACCCUAUUUGAUUUAACCUCGGGACAUACGGACCAGUGAUUGUUUUGUGGCCCUUUGCCUGUCCCUUUCCUCGUGCGUCUACCUCUGGGCGUAAUCAACACACCGUGACAGAAUACUUCGUCCGGUGGCCACGUUACUGAGCUCUUCAUCUCGGCUAGAGCACGGAAGCAGUAAUGCGCGUUUGAGAAGAGUGGAAAAAUGCGGUUGUUUCGCAGAAUCCACGUCAAACUGCCGUUGCCAUGCGCUCGGUUAACUGCGUCUUGCCCGAUAUGUGCCGAAACGCAUAAAACAUUUAGCACAGCUUUUACAUGAACUUCCAUAUUAACAGAGAUGACUUAUUUAGGGCCACAGAACCAGUCGGCAGGAAACAUAACCCCAAACCGAUUCCCGUUGCUGGCUUCUGAUGUUGCGCUCUCCCAGCCUCUCACACAUAUUACACUUGAUUAAAAUUAAUACCCUAAUAUCUUUUGCUAUUCGUCGAGGUCUGUAGGAACUCGGCCAUUUUAUCUAGGGGACGUGAACGAAAGCUAAUUUUUUUGCUCUUUUCGUGUCAUACUACAUCCUAGAAUUUAAUUUUUACGAAAUGAAUCACUUCAAUUUUCUAGAGGCUUGUGAUUGUUAGAUUCUAGCACUUUCAUAGAAUACUUCGAACUAUUAUUGCUGUUCACGAAUUAUGGGGCACCAUUGUAGUGCAGCCCUUUGAAAAUUGAAAUACUACUUACCCUCAAGUGCAAAUUCUGAAGAGGACGAAAUUUGGCUAGAUCGCAGUUGGUAGCCAGGACCCGUAUUACAGGUGGCGGGGGGUUGGCUUACUGGGGCUAUUUUGUGGGCCCCAUAAUCACAUCUGACCUAUUUGGCUUCCGUUUUACGUCUGAGGGGAGGAUUAGGGUAACGGUUAAUGGUUUCCGAUUUUCGGGUUAGGGUAAUGCCUUUAGGCUUAGGUUUUCGGAUUACGGUUAGGGUUUGAGCAUACGAUUAUGUUUCAGUAUUACGGUUUGGUUUUUCAGUUACGGCUAUGUCUAAGGGCCACGGGUACGUCUACGAUUUCGGUUAGGGUUGCCGUUAGGGUUAACGGUUAACGUCAGGGUUAGGGUUAGGGUUAAGGUCGCCGUCCGUUUCCCAUCCCUGGCUACCAACUGCGAUCUAGCCCGAAAUUUUCCUAUAAAACAUGCAUAGGUAGGUCAUAUUCUGUGCAUCUAUUCUAUAAAAUACAUUAGGUUUAUAAGGCAUUGCAAACCAGUAGACAAAUUGCUCGAUGAGGGCGAACGUUCCAGUUCUAGGUGCGUGUAUAAGUGCUAAGAGGACGGGGGGGGGGGGAACCGAAACCGCUUGUUUAUUCUUCGGAGCUUUCAAACUUCCAUAGUAGUCCAUUUGUAGGGGACGAGAACGUCAAGGGUAACACACACCAAAGUAAGGAAACGCUGGGAAGAGAUCCUGGCGGAGAUAGAUCUGGAUAGAACUGUUAGCAUCUUUCGAUGUAGCAUCUUUUUUGUAGAAUGAGAAACAGCAAUGCGAUAACCUGUCUAGAUGGAGAGGCGACCCUGGCAUACUAGCUAAACAGUCGGUGAGGAUGCAGUGUUGUCGGCAACUGCAGGGAAGGGCCGAGGGGGGAAGCCGACUCUGAGUGAGAGAGGGCGACGAGAACGGCGGUGCGUUGUGGGACGGGGUGUCGGCGGUAGCGAGAGGAAAGGAGACCGGCCGUCUUCACCGACACGCAGUUACACCAUCGCCAUCCCAGGUCCGCGCCAGAAAGUGUCACAGCAUUCAAACGACCCUGUUCAGAUCAAGGGACGUUACACAUUGUCAGAGAUGACAGCAGCAGAACAAGGGGGUGUUAGCCAAUCAUCGGUCGGUGACGCAGGCCCGGGGAUGGCUGCGCUGGUAUCUGAUCCUUAUGCAAGUUAGCCGAACUGUCAUCGGAGGCUCAGUCUUCAGUUAGCUCUCAGUCGUUCCUGCUUUCGACAUGGACAACUGUUUUUACGACUGCGGCAAUUCGUUAUUCUAUCGCCCAGCCGGCUUUUGUUUGUGUCCGCACGAUUAGAGCGUCCGUUCAGUCUGACGGUUUGAGAGAAGGAGAGAGGAAUAUGCUCUAUUUUGAAAGUCUCAUUUCAACAUUUUCAGCAAAAAUUUCCUACGUCCCCGUUACCAAAGUACGAUUUAGCAGAUCAUGAGAGAGUAAAUAGGUUCGGAUAAAACUGUACAACUAUUAUGGGGGGCAGCUGGAGUCUCAGUUUCAGCAUUUCGGUCUCUUUACACGUAAGGUAUCGUGCUAGAGAUGAUUAUACGGAAAGUUGGUAUGCCGAUGUACGGCAUGUGAUAUGCCGAAAGCCAUGACGCAUGAAGCCAACAGACUUCGCAUCAAUCCAUUCUGUGCGAAGGCGAUGGACAGCAUGCAGGAUCGCUUGACCUUUGUGGAAUUUCGUUGUAUUAGGAUACCAUCAAAAAGCAUAUGAAAUACCGGCGGCGGAAGAGAGCAUUCAAAGGACACGUUCUAAAAUGGGCACAACUUUUUUUGAGCAAGAUAGAAAAAAAUAGCAGGGAAGCAAUAGAGAAUGAGAUGGAGAAUUCAGAUAUCUAUAAAUCUUCAGAUAUGUUGCACCGGUCUGUUCUAUUGGAUUUGAUCGGUCCUUGAUUAUCAGGACUCUGCGCACCUAGUCCCGCAGUGUUGUGCCGGUCGCCUCUGAAAGGUCCUAAAUGUAUAGCGGAGCGGGGCAUAUCCGCUGUGGCCUUUCCUUUUUGAUUCUCCGUGGACGGACACUUAGUCAUCGGCUUAUAAACGCCUUCAAAUAGUCAUUCUGCGUCAAUUUGUCGCAGGGAUGUCGGACCGCCGUGCCUCUUCUGAGUUGCUGCAGUGAGUCUCUCUUUCCAGGUGUGCGUUGCAAGAGUGUCUGGUAGGCCGCCCAAUAAAAAGCCGGCAUCAUACAGUGCAGGAAUUAGCCUAGGAUUGUAGAAUGAGCUUCGAUUCGAUGAAGUGCGUACGAUCCCACCACCUCACUAGGCGCCCUGCCACGGGACUUUCGGCCACGUUUGAGGACCGUGCUCAUUGGCUGACAUCAAUUUCUCUCUGACUCACAACGCGAGCAUGACGUGAUUGUGGCCAUUGGAAAGUGGGGGAGUUUCGAAUUUUCUGUGGUAGUUCGCGCGGAAGGCUAUCCACUUAUAUCACUGUGUACAACAGACUGUCGCGUUUCUACAGUUUCCAACAAUAACUGCCAAGAACUGCGACCCCACUGUCAUCCUUUGCACUCCUCGUGCCGUGCUGGCAUCCACAACGGCACGCCGUAUUAACUCCUCGCACUGUAUAUUUUUGCCGAGCCACUGCAUACCUGUUGGCUUUUGCCGCCAAACGGAGUCUGGGCUAGAUCGAAGUUGGUAGCCAGGCCCCGUAUUACAGGUGGCUGGGGGGUUUGUUUACUGAGGCUAUUUAGUGGGGCUCCAUAAUUACAUCUGACCCAUUUGGCUUCAGUUUUACGUUUAAGGUUAGGAUUAGGGUACCGGUUAAUGGUUUCCGAUUUUCGGGUUACGGUUAGGGUUUGAGCGUACGACUAGGUUGCAGUAUUACGGUUAGGUUUUUCAGUUGCGGUUAUGUCUAAGGGCAACGGUUACGUUUACGAUUUCGGUUAGGUUUAGGGUUAGGGUUAGGGUUCCCGUUAGGGUUAACGGUUAACGUCUAAGGUUGAGGUUGAGGUUAGGGUCAAGCUUAGGAUUAGGGUUAGGGUACCUGUCCGCUUCCCCAUUCCUGGCUACCAAUUGCGAUCUGGCCGGAGUCUGUGCUGAUUCCAACGCUAUCGGCAGCCGGUAAGCCGUAGUUUUUCGGUAACCUCACAACUGUCGAGGCUGAACCACAAUAGCGUAGGUGUUCCUUCAAGCACGCAAAACCAUUCGACUUGACCUCAUUUCCGCCCGUAUCUGAAUUGAAGAUACAUUAGUCGUUACUUGUGAGUGUCGGAUAUUGUCUCCUCUCAUUCUCCAUUGCAUCACUACGAUGGGCCGUUCGUCACAACAGUACUUCGACUCACUAUGAUCGCAAAUUUACGCCUUUUCCCGCCUCAAGAAUGCCUUUAGGCUUGGGUGAUGGAGUGAAGGGAAACGUAAGCUGCGUCCUCCCACCCACUGCCUCAUCUUUCUUUUUGGUUUUUGCAUUUGGUUUACCGUGUUUUCUUUCCUCAGUUCAUAUUAUAAAGAGAUCGCUUUAUUUUCCAGUUUUUGACCUCUGCAAUCGCGAAUCCUUUGAAUCCCUGGAGAAGUGGUUCCACGAGAUAUGGACGUACACCAACAGACCAAAUUUGGUUCGGCUGCUGAUUGGAAACAAACUUGACCUGGUAGGUGCUUGUAACCUCUCGCUGGUUCCGUAUAAGGGAAAGACUACCUCGUGGAGGUUAAUUGUACCGUGGUUCUGCGUCCCGAAAUCGAGACGUUCUGGAUUUGGUUAUGUCUUCGUUGGCGAGGUCAACGCCCUUUUCAUAACAUUCCUAUAGUUGUCACAUCAUUCAGGGGCAUUAUUUGUGGGAGAGGGGUUAUGCCCAAGGUACCCUAAGUUCACUUUCAAACGGGUACGAAAGACUGCCGGAGCUUCAACAUAGAACGACAAAGUAGGAGACUCCAGGGAACUUCUCGUUCAACCGUCCCGAAAGCUGCCAUUUGCUCGAGGUGAACCAAUAUUGUUGGUCAGUGCUAUUCACGCUAAUGGAUGUGUGUGGUCAACGGUACGUCCAUGUGGUAAUGAGUCUGCCUACCAUAACAUGGAAUUAGCCUUCGUCAGAAGUGUGGCAAUUCUCUGGCCUGUGCUUCCUAUCGAUGACUAUCGGAUCAUUUUGCCGAGAAUUCGUCUUUUACUACGAUGUCCACUGCGACUUAAAUCUUCGUGGGAUUUACUCUGGUCAGAUGUGUGUUUUUGCUGGGGGAGAUUGUGGCACUGUUGGACCGUUUAGUCCUUACAAUCAUCCUUGUGUUUAGUCUGCGAUCCUAUCUGUCAUUACUAGUGUUCUCUGCCGCCAACUCUGCUUGAAAGAUGCCGCAGGGAUGCGUAGUUACGUUGAUGAUUUGGCAGUCAGCUGCCCGAGUUACUCAUUCCGUUCUGAAUUAUCUUGCCCCGAGUGCUCGUUUACGGAUCCUCUGGCAAUAUGCUGAACGGGACCGUCUCAGUGGGCGAGAGAAAGUAAACGAGAACGGCCAGGUGUCUGUCCAAGGCUAAUUAAAAUGCCUAUGCAGUUUACUUCGGUCAGUAGAGAGAGACCAGCUGUUUUCCACGCUCAUAGUCCCGAGUUUUAUGCCGGGUCGGCCACUACUCCUAUUCUCACCACCGGUCGUCUAGACCAAGUCUUAUCUCUGGUAGGUGAUGGGAAGAGAGGCUGAGUCCGAUGCCGUGCCCAUCUCCCUCCUUAUAAUCUUAUCUAAGUGCAGGUCACAACUGCUUCCUGGGGGCUGUUGUGGCUGACCUGCGAUUCAUUGACAACCUGCCCAACCACUGCGCCCUGUCUCAUAUCCCUUUGCCUCGGUCAAAUUCUGCCACCAAGGCAUGUUGUUAAUGGAGACAGAAAAUGGGCCGACCCUGCGAACGCCUCUCUCAUUAAUCGAUUCGCGUGCAAAACACAACUGCUAAGGUGCCUGUUUAGUAUUGAGGUUUCCUCACGCAUUUGGCUGUUUUACUGCAGUCUUUCGACAAUUGCUUUCAGGAACAACGACAAGUGACGCGUGAUGAAGCCCUUCGAUUCGCCCGCUUGCACAAACUCCUGUACGCCGAGGUGAGCGCCAAGACCAAUGAAGGCGUCAGCAACAGCUUCUACGAACUGUUUGAAAAGGUCUACAGUAACACUGACCUCUGGAUUCACGAUGGACUCACGGAGGCUGGGGCUGUACGGCUGAAUUCGAGAAAGUCAGAGUCCCGCAAGUCGGCCUGUUCCUGCGGCUAA